UCAGAUUCUCUUUGUGGCCAGAUGGGUUUGUAUGGACAGGCUUGUCCAUCUGUAACUUCAUUAAGGAUGACAUCUGAACUGGAGAGCAGCCUAACAUCUAUGGACUGGUUACCACAGCUCACCAUGAGAGCAGCCAUCCAAAAAUCUGAUGCUACACAAAAUGCACAUGGAACAGGAAUUUCCAAGAAGAAUACACUUCUUGACCCCAAUACAACUCUGGACCAGGAAGAAGUCCAACAGCACAAAGAUGGGAAGCCUCCAUACAGUUAUGCCAGCCUCAUUACAUUUGCAAUUAAUAGCUCACCCAAAAAGAAAAUGACUCUAAGUGAGAUUUAUCAGUGGAUUUGUGAUAACUUCCCAUAUUAUAGAGAGGCUGGCAGUGGAUGGAAGAAUUCCAUACGACAUAAUCUGUCGCUGAACAAGUGUUUCCUUAAAGUGCCUCGAUCCAAGGAUGACCCCGGAAAGGGGUCCUAUUGGGCAAUAGACACCAAUCCGAAGGAAGAUGCGCUGCCUACUCGGCCAAAGAAGAGAGCACGAUCUGUAGAACGGGCCUCAACUCCAUAUAGCAUAGAUUCAGAUUCUUUGGGAAUGGAGUGUAUUAUUUCGGGAAGUGCCUCUCCAACUCUGGCAAUCAACACUGUGACUAACAAAGUAACAUUGUACAACACUGAUCAGGAUGGUAGUGAUAGCCCACGCAGUAGCCUUAACAACAGUCUCUCAGAUCAGAGUUUGGCAUCUGUUAAUUUGAACAGUGUUGGAAGUGUGCAUAGUUACACACCGGUGACAAAUCAUCCAGAACCAGUCUCUCAGUCAUUAACUCCUCAACAACAGCCACAGUACAACCUUCCAGACCGAGACAAACAACUACUUUUCUCAGAAUAUAAUUUUGAAGAUCUCAGUGCCUCAUUUCGGAGCCUUUAUAAGUCAGUUUUUGAGCAGUCACUUAGUCAACAAGGUUUGAUGAACAUCCCUUCUGAAUCUUCCCAGCAGUCCCACACUUCUUGUUCCUAUCAGCACUCUCCUGGCAGUACAGUGAGCUCUCACCCACACAGCAACCAAAGCAGCCUGACCAACAAUCAUGGCAGUGGCCUCAACACCACAGGCAGUAAUUCGGUUGCACAGGUCUCACUGUCCCACCCCCAGAUGCACACACAGCCGUCUCCACAUCCGUCCCAUCGACCGCAUGGUUUACCACAGCAUCCACAGCGUCCCCAGCAUCCAGCACCACACCCGCAGCAACACAGCCAGCUCCAGUCCCCUCACCCCCAGCAUCCCUCUCCACACCAGCACGUACAGCACCAUCCGAACCAUCAGCACCAGACGUUAACACAUCAGGCACCCCCUCCCCCACAACAGGUAUCCUGUAAUUCUGGUGUUUCAAAUGAUUGGUAUGCAACACUUGAUAUGCUAAAAGAAAGCUGUCGAAUCGCCAGCAGUGUUAAUUGGUCAGAUGUAGACCUUUCACAGUUCCAAGGUUUGAUGGAGAGUAUGAGACAGGCAGAUCUCAAGAACUGGUCUUUAGAUCAGGUUCAAUUUGCUGAUCUCUGUUCUUCUCUUAAUCAGUUCUUUACACAAACUGGCCUUAUCCACUCACAGAGUAAUGUUCAGCAGAAUGUCUGUCAUGGUGCCAUGCAUCCAACAAAACCUUCCCAACACAUUGGAACAGGAAAUUUGUACAUAGACUCCAGGCAAAAUCUCGCUCCUUCAGUGAUGCCUCCCCCUGGUUAUCCUCACAUCCCACAGGCACUCAGCACUCCAGGAACAACAAUUGCAGGCCAUCACGGAGCCAUGAACCAGCAGCACAUGAUGCCUUCCCAAGCCUUCCAGAUGCGGCGCUCUCUGCCUCCAGAUGACAUCCAGGAUGACUUUGAUUGGGAUUCAAUUGUGUAG